AUGCCUCCCCUCCCUGUCCCCUUGCUCCUGACACUGCUACAGCUUGUAGUAUUUACUUAUGUGAGUGGUGGGGCAUACUACGGACACAAGCAACACCCUCAGCCAUACCAGCAAAUGCAGCACCUCCAACACAUGGGCAUGGGCAAAGAAGGCUUUCCCCAACAGCAGUACCUUGGAAAAGAGGUGCCCUAUAUGCAGUAUCCCCACUACAGGAAGGAGCUUCCUCAGGUGCCCAUGCACAAAGGCAAAGAAAAUGCUCGUAAAGGUGGCAGCUAUAAUGGUGGCCAAGACAAAGGUCAGACAAUCCCUAGUGGUGCUGAGGGAAUUCCCCAAGGAGAGCCGGGUCCAGCUGGGCCACCUGGACCAGAGGGACCUCCAGGACCUCCUGGACCUCCAGGCAACGGACAGCCAGGACCUGCAGGUCGACCCGGACCUCCUGGUCCACCAGGAGUGCCUGCAGUGGGCAAACCAGGUUUACCAGGACUGCCAGGCAAGCCAGGAGGAAAUGGUGAGGCUGGACCACAAGGAGAAAUGGGCCCUAGGGGUGAUGAAGGGCCAGCUGGACAGCCAGGGCCUCAAGGUCCCCCAGGACCACCUGGGCUACCAGGAAUAGGUAAACCUGGGGUACAAGGAUUACCAGGUCAACCAGGGCCCAAAGGAGAGCCAGGUCACAAAGGUCUUCCAGGACUUCCAGGAUUACCAGGACCCAAAGGAGAGAAAGGGAUGGGCCAGCCAGGACAACCUGGUCACAAAGGGCUCCCAGGUCCCCCAGGACCAGCUGGCCCAAGAGGGCUUCCUGGUUUUGGAAAACCUGGGUUGAACGGGGCACCAGGCCCACAAGGACCACCAGGAGAGAAAGGAUAUCCUGGAGAUCAAGGAGCAGCUGGGCCACCUGGUGAAGGAGGACAGCCUGGCCCACCAGGUCUACCUGGUCAAGGAAAGCCAGGUCAAAAUGGCCUGCCAGGACAGCCAGGCAUGCCAGGUGGGAAAGGUCAUCCAGGACCACCAGGUUUGCCAGGAAAGCCAGGACUGCCUGGAUUUGGUAAACCAGGUCUCCUAGGACCAAAGGGCGACAAAGGUAUGGGUGGGCCACCGGGAUCUCCAGGACCAAAAGGAGAUAAGGGUCAAGGAGGACUCCCUGGAAUGCUUGGACCCCCUGGACCAAAUGGUCCACCAGGUCCUCCAGGCCUUAUGGGACCCCCAGGAGGUUUAGGUGCGCCUGGUCCUAAAGGAGAAUGUGGAGAAGGAGGACCUAAAGGGCUUGAUGGAGCCCAGGGAGACCCUGGUCCAUCUGGGAUACCUGGUAAGGAUGGUCUGCCAGGAGAUCGUGGAGAGCCAGGACCAAGAGGUCCACCAGGACCAAGUGGCGCCAAAGGAGACGAUGGGCAUAAAGGUCUACCUGGUACACCUGGUCCUCCAGGACUUCCUGGGCCAAAAGGACAAAGCGGAUUACCUGGUGAUAUGGGACCUCAAGGUCCUAAAGGAAUCCCUGGAAUGGAUGGCGCAGCUGGACCAUUGGGGCCUCCUGGUCCUCCGGGGCCAAAAGGAGAAAGUGGUCCACCUGGUCCACCAGGCAUUGUAGGUGAGGGGAGUCCAGGUAUUAAUGGUCCCAUUGGACCCCCAGGGAAAGAGGGCCCAUCAGGACCCCCAGGACGACCAGGUCAAGCAGGCCCUCCUGGACCACCAGGCCCACCUGGACCACCUAGUAUGUCUCCGGACAUGGCAGGAGUACUCUCUGAGAUGGGCCCUGGACUAGAUGGUGUUAAGGCUGGUAGUUAUGGUAAGAAGGGCAAGUAUGGAGGGAAUGGGGCAGAAGUAAUGGGUGCUAGUGGGUUGGAAAUGCCAGCAUUCACAGCUGUAGCAACAACUCCCUUUCCACCUGUGGGCACUCCAGUCGUCUUUGACAAGCUCUUGUACAAUGGUCGCCAAAACUACAACCCCCAGACAGGAAUUUUCACCUGUGACAUGCCUGGCAUUUAUUACUUUGCCUACCACAUUCAUUGCAAAGGAGCUAACGUGUGGGUGGCUUUGAUGAGGAACAAUGAGCCAGUUAUGUAUACAUAUGAUGAAUACAAAAAGGGUUUCCUAGAUCAAGCAUCAGGGAGUGCAAUAUUGCCUCUGCAACCUGGGGACACUGUGUAUAUUCAGCUGCCCUCAGAUCAGGCCUCAGGACUUUACGCUGGGCAGUAUGUGCACUCUUCCUUUUCCGGGUAUUUGUUAUAUCCGAUGUAAAACCACAAACUGCAGCAAGGGAGAGGCUUUAGUGAAAACAAAGUGGGAGCAUGUUUUUUUAAAAUUAUCAUGAUCAUAAAUCACCUUAGCAGUAUUUUUAAUGUAAAGUCAACAAACUAUUGAUUUUGUCAGCAGCGAUGAGAAGACAAGAUAAAAUAUCUUGAAGAAAUUUGAAGUAUGAUGGUGUGUAUAUACAGCAGUUUUUAUACUGUAUAGCCUUACUGUGAUGUAAUUAGGAGAACAAAGAUGUUUUCUUUUACAGUUUUGAAGAUAUAAAAGAAUAUAUGAAAAGGCAUUCAAGGAACACCUCAAAAAUAGCUGCACAUGUAUUUUCAUACAGAAGAGUACCCAAAACCUAUCAGUACAAUUUGUUACUAGGUACAAACAUAUGAAGGGAACAUGUAAAGGGUAUACACAAGAAGAUCAAACAAACCGUGCAGCAUCACAUUUUGUUUCUGCACCUCUUCAAAACUGGCAGCUACCCUAUGUGGUGGAGAACAAAAUACAGUAGAAAACAUUCAUUUUGGUAGGAAAUUUAUAUUUUUGCAUGCAUAUAAAUAUUAUUUUUGUCUCUCUUGUUGAUAAUGGCAAGCAUGUAAAAGGUCUCUUGAGAAUGACAACACAUUAAAAGGUUUGCAUUACAGCAGUUUGCACAUGUUUUAGAGGUAAACGCAUUAACCUGCAGAUGACUGAGAUUAGGAAAAAGGUUAAAUGUAUCGGCUUUUCAGAGAAUCAAUUUCAAAAAGCUCCCAAGUUACCAAAAAAAUCUAUUUGCAAAAUAGUGCUGGAGAACAAAAAAUUAGAUGGUAAAAUUAAAUAAUAACGCGCAUGAUAUAUGUUGCUGAGUGACAAUU